UCCAUGCAUGUCCGUCACUGAGAUCGCUAGGAUACACCAGGAUACUUUUUGUCCAAUACCAAGGAUGAGUGCUCUGGAGUUAUAACUUGUUAUAACUAGUUAUCAGAGAUAUCUUUGUAGUUUUAACCAAUGACCAACCAAUCAACCAACCAACAUUUUAGGUUAGGCAUCUUUACCGGUGAUGUGUUACUCCAUUUGACUCAUUUAAAUCCAUGUGUCUGAUUAUAGUUCUCUAGGUGACUUACUUUAACAAGGCACAAUGUUACGAAGACAAGCCCGUCUCAGGAGAGAGUACUUGUACAGGAAAUCCAUUCAAGACAAGUUGAAAAACAUUCAAGAAAAAAAGGAGAGACUCAAACGUAGUUUGGAAGAAAACAUUCCUAUACAUCCAGAUUUAAGGAAAACUGCUUUGCACUUGCAGAGAAAGAUAGAUUGGGAAGAUGCAGGGCCAGAAUUGGCAGCUGCCAUGGGUACAGAGAUGGGUGGUACAACUGGAUCGCACGAGGAUGACGAAUAUCGUUGGGCAGGUGUUGAAAACCCAAAGAUUGUAAUUACCACUUCUCGUGAUCCUAGUGCUCGCCUGAAAAUGUUUGUGAAAGAAUUGAGACUUAUAUUUCCUAAUGCACAAAGGCUAAAUCGUGGUAAUUAUGAAAUGAAGCAGUUGAUUCAUGCAUGUCGUGCCAAUGAUGUCACAGAUUUUAUAAUAGUUCACGAGCAUCGAGGUGUUCCCGAUUCCCUUGUUAUUUGCCAUUUACCAUAUGGCCCAACAGCUUAUUUCACAAUGUCUGGAGUUAUCAUGCGUCAUGACAUACCUGAUAUUGGAACAAUGUCGGAACAAUAUCCACAUUUAAUUUUUCAUAAUUUCAAAACAAAGUUAGGUGAACGAGUUACGAGCAUUCUAAAGUAUUUAUUUCCUGUUCCUAAAGAAGACAGUAAGCGAGUCAUUACUUUUGCCAAUCAUGAUGACUAUAUCAGUUUCCGUCACCAUACAUACAAGAAAAUAAAAGGAAAGGACAUCGAAAUAACAGAAGUAGGGCCUAGAUUUCAAUUAAAAUUGUAUGAAAUUAAAAUGGGAACAUUAGAUAGUGUGGCAGCAGCUGAUACUGAGUGGGCAAUGAGACCAUACAUGAAUACAAACUAUAAAAGAAGAUUUUUAUCCGAUGAAGAUGGUUGGCAACAAGAGGAUGAUUUCUAACCUGUUAUUAUAUUGUACAUAUAUUAAAAGUAUUAUUACACAUUUUCUACCAAACUAGUACCCUUUUUUGUUUUACCAUACUUGCAAUCAAUCUUCAUUAAUGAAACUCUAUCAAACCAUUAAUAUUUAAAAUAGACUAAAAAUCAGUGAUCUUUACUAUUUAGAAAGAUAAAAUUAACAGUACUCAAUAAAAUAGUAAUCAUUUUUAA